UGACGCAACAACAGUAAAACACUGCAACACAAGCCUUUGCUUCCUUCGCACACUAUACACAGUGGGGGAUCAUGGUGGAGCUUGCUACCCAAUCAGAUUCUCUCUCUUUACAUUUCUAAUGGUCUCAUUUUAAUAUUCUCAUUUUUUUUCAACCCCCGUCAAUUUCUUUUCAAUUCCCCCAUUUUCUAGGGUUUUGGACUUUUUUUUCUUCAACGAAUCAAACCCUAGAAUUCUCUGCUCUUUGUCCAAUUUCUGGAAAAUCACCCCGUCGAUUUUUUCCGGGAAGAGUGACGUUUCUGACAACAAUGUGGGUUAUCAGCUCUGUUUUCGGUUGAAUUUCGGAAAUCAGUGUUGUUGGGGUUUCUGUAAAAAAAAAUUGAGAAAAUAGAGGAGAGAGAAAACAUGGGAACCUGUGAAGAAAUCAGUUCAUCUAUUGAAACCCAGGAUGAAAUUAAGUUGGGGAUUUCAUCAAGUGGGACCCACUGUUGGGAUGAACAACUUACGGAAGAGGAAGAAGCUCUUGCUCAACAGUUUGAGAGUGUAGUUUUGCAAGGCAAUGGUGUUGAUGUGAAGAUUGAGGGUGGAGAAGAAGAAGAGGAGAAAUUACAUCUUUACCCUUUGAGGCCUUAUGCUGUGGAUUGCCCCUUUUAUCUCAAGACGGGUACUUGCAAAUUUGGACCAAACUGUAGAUUUAAUCACCCCCCUGAGAAGGGUUUUAAGAUUGUUCUGGACCAGGAGGAAGGAAUUGAGGUGAGCAAUGGAGCAUUUGUUGAUCCUGGGAAGAUUGAUUGCAAGUAUUUCCGGACACCAGGAGGAUGCAAAUAUGGAGAUGGAUGCAGAUAUAAUCACUCUGCACAGAAAGUUGAGAGAGAAGGUCCAGAGCUUAACUUUCUAGGUUUACCAGUAAGACCGUCGGAGCAAGAGUGCACCUUUUACUUGCGUACCGGCUCCUGUGGCUAUGGAAUUAAUUGCAGGUUCCACCAUCCUGAUCCUACUGCUAUGAAAGAACCUGAAUCCAAAAACUCAUUAGCUAAUGGUGUGUAUGCAAGAGGUGGCAACAAUUUUCCUGGAAUGUUUGUUGGUGAGCCAUUGCAGUCCUCUGGAGUAUCACGGGGUAUUCCAGACUUGGCAAAUGGCCUAAGUUCGAUGAAUGGUUUACCUUAUGCUGGGAUCAACACUUAUCACCAAUCAAUGCCCCAAAAUGCUGGUUGGAACCAAGAUCAGGUCAACCUUUCUAUGUCAGCAAAAAAGACACCUCUUCCACAUCAAAUUGUAAACUUUUCAAAGAAAACUGAUCCUACAACACAUUAUGAACAAGUAAUGCAGUCGGAAGAGUUUCCUGUACGACCUGGGCAACCUGAUUGUGAUUAUUUCAUGAAAACUGGAGACUGCAAAUACAGAUCUGCUUGCAGGUAUAACCAUCCAGUAAGUCGAGACUCUAAGCUGCGUCUGCCGCUGCUUUCCUCCAAACGCCCCUAUUCCAAAUCUAAAAAUCCCGAGCUUCCUGAUUCAUUUGCCGGCAAUCCAAGGAAAAGUGGAGCAUCGUCUCAUCAACAGCAGCAACUGCAGAAUGAACAGUACCCAGAACGGCCUGGACAACCAGAGUGCGAAUUCUUCAUGAAAACUGGCAAUUGUAAAUUUAAAUCUGCAUGUAGAUACCACCAUCCGAGGGACCGAAUUUCUACAUCUUCACCAAGUUCUCUCAAUGAAUCGGGACUUCCUCUAAGACCUGGUAGCAAAAUCUGCCGGAACUAUGAGCUACAAGGUACAUGCAAAUAUGGUCGAAAUUGUCUGUUUCAUCAUCCUGAUAUCAGCUCAUCAAAAAGUUCAGUUGUUCCACCUGCUCCUGUUGCUGAUCAAGAUCACAGUUCAUCUAAUGUUGUAGUCGCCACGGAUUUGGAAUUUUCUGCUGGCAAUGUGGACUCAGAUUGGGGUGAUGGCUGGGCAAUGUAACUUGUUCCUAUGAGCGAAUUUGGUUUUUUGGCAACAUUGCUGGCAUCAUUGUCAAGAAAAAGGAAUGCCGUCUUCAGUUUUUGCAAGUUGCAACUUUUGGUGGUUGUCAACUCGAGGAAUUUGAUAACUUUUGGUGGUUGCUAAAUGCAUACCCCUUAUCUUUCACAAAACAAUUUAUUUAUCAAUACUAAUCCUAUCUAUACAUAAACUGUUGAUCCAUGUUAUUUGCCUGUGGAAUUUGCUGAAACAGAGAAUAGAAGUGAAAAUUACUUCUGAUUACUCUUUUCAACUUCA